AUGGAUGAUUUAUCUCAAAUAUCCAUUUUGUUAAGUAAUAAUCGAAUAAAACCUACAUAUUCUCGAUUAUCAAUUGUACAAGAAGAUUCUCAAGAAGACGACAAUCAAACAAUAAUGAAUGAUCAACAAAGUGAUACAUCUGAUUUUGAUAUUAUUGAAUCAAAUAAUAAUAAUAAUAAUAUAAAUGCCAAUGAAUUAUUACAUGACGAACACGUACAACAGGAAACAUCAUUAAGUGUUUUAUCUACAGCUGAUUUACUUCGUGAACGACUUGCUUUUCUAACUGGUGGUACAUGUCAUCAAUGUCCAAUUCUUACAUUUCCAGAUAAUCCACAAAUUGAAUUAACACAAGAUAAAUAUAAAAAACUUGUUUCAUAUUUAACACAAGUACCAAGUGAAAGUGAACGUCAACUUGGUUUUGUUCUUAUUAUUGAUCGACGAUCAGAUCGAUGGAUGUCCGUAAAAUCAAUUAUGACUUAUAUUGAGGAAUUUUUUCCGUAUUCAAUUCACUGCAUUUAUCUUCUCCGUCCAAAUUCUUGGAUGCAAAGAGCACUUUCUCGUAUAACUAUUUUAAAUGAAAUAACAUGUAUACAUCAUUUAAUUGUUUGUCGAACAUUAGCUGAACUUCAUGAACAUUUUGAUGCAAGUCAAUUAUCAAAAGAUUUAGGCGGCAUGAUUGAUUUUCGUCUAUUUGAAUGGAUUGAACGACGAGCAGCCAUUGAAAAAUUAACUCAAUCUAUACAUGAAUUAAGUGAAAUGCUACUUGUUUUUAUAAAACAAUGUGAUGAAAUUGAAUUUCCCAAUGCAGUUGAAUCAACACAACAAUUACUUAUGCAACAUUCAACACAAAAAAAUGAACUUGAACAAGAAUUAUUAAGAAUUAAAACGUGGGGUCAUUCACUUUUAUGUAUUAUUCGCCAACAGCAUCAAUCAUCUUCAACAUUUCAUAAUAGUACACUUGAUGAAAAUAAUGAUCUUAUAUUAUCACCUGAUCAAGCAGCCCACGCACGAGCUUGUGCUAAUGCUUUAACACAUGUUGAUAAUAGUGAAGAUAUUCUUUUACAAUUUUGGUCUUUACAUGAAGCACGUUUAAAUCGUUGUCUUGCUUUACGUCAUUUCGAACAACGUUUCAAAGAAAUUCAAUGUACUUUUAUACAAUUACAUAACGAUAUAAUUCAAUUACCUGAUAUAAAUACAAGUUUACUUUUAUUUGAAUGUUAUCGAGCUGAUAAUAAUAAUAAUAAUAAUACACGAGAAGAAAUUGAUCAAACGUUGACUCAAGUUGAUGACCUUUCUCAACGUGCACAAACUAUGAUCAGUCAAGCAACCCUAUUAGCACAUGAUGGCCUUGAUCUGAUUAUGGAACAACAGAAACAACAAUCGAUAGCCUAUGGUAUCGAUUCAAUCGAACCAAAAUGUCAAGAAUUAGAAGAAAUGAAAAAAAAAUUAACUGAAGAAAUUGAUGAAAAAAAACAUAAUUUAAAACUUUUAAGAGCCUAUAUUGAUAAACUUGAAUCAAUUAAUGAUUGGUGUACACGUGGUAAAGAUAUGUUAGCAAUGCAUCCUAUUCAUUUAUCCAAUGAUAAAGCUAUUCGUUCACUUACUGAUUUGGAACAUUUUCUUUUGGAUUUAUCAACUAUCAAUGUUGAUGAAUUACAACAUACAUCAACACCCGAACCACUUCGUUCAAUGAUUAUUCAAGUAUUCAAUCGUGUGAAUGAUGUUCGAGAUUUAUGUGAAAAACGAUGUGAACAACUUCGUCGUCUAGCUUUACCAAUAAAUCGACCCGUUCAACGUGUUCAUCCUUUACCACUACAACAAAAUGAAUCUCUUAAUCUUAUUGGUACAACAACAUCGAUUUUACAACAACAAAUGAAUGAACAUUUUCUUUCUUCUGAUAACGAUCAUAAUCUUUCCUCCUCCUCAUCAUCAUCAAAUAAUAAUAAUAAUAAUAAUAAUACAACAUACAAUGAAUGUACUACUGCUCAUAAUGCAAAAAUGGAUAAAAAACAGAGACAUGUUGUAACUGAACUUCUAGCUACUGAACAAGUCUAUGUCGAAGAAUUACGUACAAUAAUUGAAGGUUAUAUGCUUAAAUUUGAUGAACCUGAACGAUAUCGUUAUUUACCACCAGCUAUAAUACAAAAUAAAUCAACUCUUUUUUGUAAUUUACCAGAUAUUUAUGCAUUUCAUGCGACAUCAUUUCUUCGUGAUCUUCAACAGAUCUAUGAUGAUCCAUCGUUGAUGAAUACAUGUUCUAUUGGUAGUGCUAUUGCUGCAUGUUUUAUCCGACGGAAGUCAAAUUUCAAAUUAUAUGAACAAUAUGUACUUAAUAAACCUCAAUCCGAACGUAUCUGGGAACAAUUUUGUUCGGGACAUCCAUUUUUUCUAAAAAUUCAACAAUCACUUGGUCAUCGUCUUCCAUUAGAUUCAUAUUUGUUAAAACCAAUUCAACGAAUAACACAAUAUCAACUUUUACUUAAAGAAACAAUAAAAUAUACACGUAAUGAACAAGAAUGUUUGCAUUUACAAGAAGCUCUUCGUGUUAUGCUUAAUAUAUUAUCUGAUUUAAAUGAUGUUAUGCAUUCAACACAAAUUGUUGGUUAUUCUGAUAAUUUAAAUACAUUAGGUCGAGUACGUUUACGUGGUGAAAAUUGUUUAAUAUCGAAAGAAAAACGUCGCGGAACAGUUUAUACUCGAACAAAAACAAGUACAAGAGAUAUAUUUUUAUUUGAACGAGAUAUAUUAUUAUGUAAGAAAAAAGAUGAAGGAAAUGGAAAAUCUGUUCAAUAUCAAUUAAAAGAAGUUAUAAGAAUUAUUGAUAUUGCUGUAUGUACACAUCCGAAAAAUGAUCGAAAUAAACUUGAACUUCUACUUAAAGAUUGGUCAUAUAUUAUACAAUUACCAACUAUGUCGUCAAAUGGAGAAAAAGCAGAAGAAAUGAGUACACGUUGGAUUGAUACGAUUAAAAAUUGUGUCGCACAACAAGCAGAACAACGGAGAGCUGAAAUGAAACAACGAAGUGCUUCAUUAGAUCAUCCUGCAUAUAGUCAUCGUCGACAUCUUCAACACCGUGCAACUGUUACUAUUCGAACUCCUGAUUCUGAUGAUCCUGAUGAUGAAUCUCUUUUACCAGGUCCAAUUAUCGAUUUAAAUAAAACAAAUAUUAAGCGAAAUACUAAACUAUUAACGAACAAUAGUAUAGCACGUUUAUAA